UCAGGCGCAGCCACCAGUGAGAGAGAAAGAGAGCGAGGCGGGGAGAACACCAACAAGCAAAGGCAGCGGAUAGAAGUGGAAAGGGAGAGGAAAAGGAAAGAAGCAGUUAGAGACAAGGUAAAAUAAAGGCAGAAGAAGAAAGAAAGAAAACAGAGGGUGCAGUAGACAUAGUGGCAGAGAUGGAGGUUCAAAACGAAUGCAGUGAACCGCCUCCAUGUGACCCACAGCCACCAGGAAAGCUCAACAAAGCCGCCUUCAAGCUGUUCAGCAAGCGCAAGUCCGGCAGCAGCAUGCCGAGUAUUUUCUCUGUCAGGAACAAAGGGGAGUCCACCGGUAAAGCCGCUGGCAAGACGCUAGAGCUCGUUAGGAGCAAAACCCAUGAUGGCUUAAUAACGGACACUCCUUCGGAGCUUGACGGCCACCGGAAAGAGGAAUCUGCCAGUAGUGACCAGCUCCACGCCGGCACACCAGAUGGUGUAUCCAACGCCCCCCUCCGCAGCUCCAUCACCAAGUCUUUCAGCUUCUUCUCUUUACUGCGCCGGAGCAGCAGCCGUGCAGGGGAUGGAACUACUACGGUGGGACGACGAGGACGAGGACUUAAGGGGCUGUUCAGCAGCAUGCGUUGGCGGCGGAAGCCCCAGGUUCAAGAGGACUCUGUGGAGGUAGCCAAAGAGGUGAAGGAGGGAGAACUAAUACUUUCCCCUAGCUCUGGCAGUGUGGAAACAGAGAAGGACAUGACACUGACUCUUGAGCCCCUGCCACAAGUGUUUGAGAAGACUCCUCUCCCAGGGGAUGCUGAGAAAUGGAAGGCAACAUCUAUGCAAGAAUUUCAGGGUACUAAUGAAGUGGAGUGUGAUUACUCUGGUCCUUCUCUUUCCCAACAACAUACAGUCACUGAAGAGUCUCCUGCUCCUUCUCCAGUCCGAGUCCAGACAGGAGGGCUCCAACAUGAUAAAAACAACGGUUCAGAACUUUUGUCCUCCAUUCCGACCUGUGCUUUGACCCCUCCAAUGGAGCACAGCACAGCUGACCCACAAUCCGAGCAAUCUGUGGAUCGCUUAUGCUCCAUGUUCACUGAUGUUACUUCACUAAAAAGCUUUGAUUCUUUAACAGGCUGUGGUGACAUCAUCGCUGACCCAGAAGAGGAUUCUGGGAAUGGGGGAAGUGCCACGAGCAGUGGAACUGGUAGCAGUAGCGGGGGCUGCAUGGGUCGCAGAUUAAGUGGAGCCGGGACGAACUCUGAGAGAUGCUCUCCUGCCAAGCCUCCACUUCCUCCCCAGGUCAGUAGUCUUACAUCUAUCCAUGCUUCUUGCUACAUUCCAGCCCACCAAAGACCACGUGCAGCCCCCAAAAAGCCACAGGGUAGUGGAGUUGUUGCUUACAUGGGUGGAGGGGAGGAGAUGGCUAGUCCUGAGGGUGUUGAUGAUGCUGACAUGCAGGGUCUAUGGCAUAUGUUGCCCCAGAAGGUUGAAGACUCCCCAGUGCUACGACGUACAGAGCCUGUUCUGCAUCAUGCACCAACCCGGCUUGAGAAGAGGCCACCUCAAGUGAAGGCACUUGGGCUCAGUAAGAUCCCAGUGAGCGGAGUUAGCAAGAUGGGAAAGCAGCAACCCUCUCGUCCCUCACCUCCUCCUGUUGAUAAAGAACUCCAUGAUGCCCCACCAAGUGAUGAAGGCUACUGGGACUCUCCCACACCUGGCCCAGAGGAUGAGGACAGCACCUUCCUCCGUCGGGACGGCCUGCUGAAGGAUAGCUGCUCUGGUGAUGCGCUCUACGACCUCUAUGACCCCGACAGCCCUAGUGCUGCUGGCUCAGACGAUGACGUGAGUUCACCAACAAAAUCUGCAGGUGACCUAAAAAUGAACUUACCUUCUCCGAAAUGCUCGUCUUCCAUCACUUCCUCAUUCCGAUCCAUGAAAGGCAGCACCAGCCUGCCUCGAGAUUCCAAGAUCCCCAUUAGUGUGAGGCAAACACCACCAUCCCACUCUUCCAGCCAAGGAGCGCUGUCUUCUAAUCUUAGCCCCACUUCAACCACUCCUCCUAAAAAGACUGAUGCCCCACCACGCACUCGAAUCCCUGUCUCGAAGGUUCCCGUCCGUCGUUCCGGCAACAAAAGCACCCCCACCUCACAAAGCAGGAAGUAGAAAGCUUGGAGGCCCAUCAGAUGUUUCUGACAAUAGAAAUCUAUCACAAGAGCUUUAGGCCAAAACAAUGUUUUUUGAUAUGAAGCAAUCAACCUCCACUUUUUUGAUUUCACCUGUCUACUGAGGACUAUAUCUUAACUGUUUUUACAUCUUUGAAAUGAAUUGUGAUGUUGCAUAUUACACCCUAAUAUAAUUAAGAGUUUUGUAGAAUGCACUGCAAUAUGUAACACAUGACAUUCAUAAUAAUGUAAGCUUGAGGGUUUAUUUACCUUACCAGCCUUUCAAAGAGGAAUAAUAUGGUGAGAAUGCUGAUCCUAAGAAGAAUGUUUAAUAUCAAAAAGCUUCUCAUUCCCUUCCAAUGGAAUAUGUGAAACUGUGGUAAUUUCUUGCUUUGUCAUCCCAUAAGCACUGUGUAAAACGCAGCUGCGAUCUUCAUCUCUCCAGUAUUUUACAUAUAAUGAAUUUUAGAACUGUGUGAGAUGAAACCAAGCACUUCUGACACUCCUAAAUAAAGCUGCAUGGAGUCUUGUACACUCAAACUGGAUCAGGGAACACAGCCUUUUGUUCGAGACACACUUUCGUAUCACACAACGUGACUUCCUAUUGAUAUUGAUGAAAAGAAAAUCGUUCUUUUUACUGAAUCUCCACUUUUGUAACUCUUUUAUAUUGGACAAGGACCUCCCUGUGACCUCACUGUGGAUAUGUGUGCACUGCUUGUUUUGUCUUUUGGAAAACACGACUUGCAAAAAAUAAAUCUCCGGAUCAUGAGUAUCCUCCUCUUUUCACAGUGAUUUGUACUACUCUUGCUAACCUGGACAUACUGAGCGGAUAUUUCUGAAUGUAGCAUGACAUCACUCUACACACAGGUCUGUUUUUUUGCCUGCUCACUGCUCAAUGAAUAAAGGAGUGAAAGAUAUAGAGAAGCCCAUAUGUAUCAAGAGUUAACUGUCUUCCGUCAUGUGGUUGUUCUCCUGGAGAUGUCAUCAACCUUUGGCUCUCAGAUUUGUGAGCAAUCACUGCAGAAAUCAUUUGCUUAAUCAGUGUUUUUUUCUGGUUUUCCAGUAUAAAAACAAAUCCUUAAAAUGGAUGAAAUUUACAUUUAAAUUUUUUAAAAUAUUUUACAAGAAAAAAAAAUAGUGAUUAAGAAAAUUAUUUUUUGCAGUAUUUGGCUUAAGUCUCAGUCAGUAAGAUUUUUUACCGUUUUUUAAAAACUCUUCACCGCUGGGACAUUUUAUUUGUAAGCUGUAAAACAUUUUCUCUUCAGAAGGUCAAUGCCUUCUUUCUUUUAUGAUAUGCUGUCUUUCUUUUAUGAUAUGCUACCUUUCUUUAAAUUGUUCAUUAUUUAAUAAAUAAAACAACUCUCUGUGUA